GCUCAGCGCCCGCCCUGCACUCCCAGCCGAGCCGCGGCCGCCGCCCGUCCGCUGCCGAUUUGGCCGAAACUUCUUGGGGUCCCGCGCUCCAGAGUAGAGGGUGCAGUCCAGCGAGGACCACGGCGGGGCAGAGCCGGUGCCCGGGACGCAAGGCCUCCCUUCAUUGCGGCGCGCACGGUCUCCGCACCCGACCGAGCGCAGGGUUUCGGGCGCCGCGCCGAUCUCCCGGCAGGAGCGAGCGGGGCUCCCUGGGCUCCCGGUGCCGCAGCCGCAGCCGCCCGGCCCGGGCAGCGCGCCUCCCGCGAGGGCUGCCCCAGGGUCCCGGCUCCGGCAGACGCUUUGGCGGGAUCUCCGGAGUGCGGUGCGCAGUCCGGUGCGGCGGCCCGAGCAGCCCGCGCGCUGAGAGGAGCGGCCCCCACUCGCCUCGGCGCCCGGGGGACCCGGCGCAGCCGUCGCAGGAGGAGCCAGAGCCCGCGAGCCUGAGGAGCGGCGGGACGUGCAGAUAUUCAUUGAACACCUGCUCUAUACCAGGCACUUCCUUGAGUGUGGGGGUUACCAAAAUGAAGACAGUUCCUGUACUUCGGUCAUUUGAGACCUCACUGCCUCACGCCAGUAUUUCUGGAGCCCAGUUUUGGAAGCCGGCAGUCCCUGGGUUCUUCCCAGGGCACUGGGGAGGGCUGAGGCCGACCAUGCCGGGACUGCUGCUGCUCACUGCUGCGCUGCUCUCCAGCUGGGCUCAGCUUCCAGCCGAAGCCAGCUCCUGGUGGUCGUUAGCUAUGAACCCGGUGCAGAGACCUGAGAUGUUCAUCAUCGGUGCCCAGCCUCUGUGCAGCCAGCUUCCUGGGCUCUCCCCUGGCCAGAGAAAGCUGUGCCAGUUGUACCAGGAGCACAUGGUCUACAUAGGGGAGGGAGCCAAGAUGGGCAUCAAGGAGUGCCAGUACCAGUUCCGGCAGAGGCGGUGGAACUGCAGCACGGUGGACGACACGUCUGUCUUUGGGAGGGUCAUGCAGAUAGGGAGUCGUGAGACGGCCUUCACCUAUGCCGUGAGUGCCGCCGGGGUGGUGAACGCCAUCAGCCGGGCAUGCCGAGAGGGUGAGCUCUCCACAUGUGGCUGCAGCAGGACAGCCCGGCCCAAGGACCUGCCCCGUGACUGGCUAUGGGGCGGCUGUGGGGACAACGUGGAGUAUGGCUACCGAUUUGCUAAGGAAUUUGUGGAUGCUCGGGAGCGGGAGAAGAACUUUGCCAAGGGAUCGGAGGAGCAGGGCCGGGUGCUCAUGAACCUGCAGAACAAUGAGGCGGGUCGAAGGGCUGUGUAUAAGAUGGCAGAUGUAGCCUGCAAAUGCCAUGGCGUCUCUGGGUCCUGCAGCCUCAAGACCUGCUGGCUCCAGCUGGCGGAGUUCCGCAAGGUGGGAGACCAGCUGAAGGAGAAGUAUGACAGCGCCGCAGCCAUGCGCAUCACCCGCAAGGGCAAGCUGGAGCUGGUCAACAGCCGCUUCAACCAGCCCACCCUCGAGGACCUGGUGUACGUGGACCCCAGCCCUGACUACUGCCUGCGCAACGAGACCACAGGCUCCCUGGGCACCCAGGGCCGCCUCUGCAACAAGACCUCGGAAGGCAUGGAUGGCUGUGAACUCAUGUGCUGCGGCCGUGGCUACGACCAGUUCAAGAGCAUCCAGGUGGAGCGCUGCCACUGCAAGUUCCACUGGUGCUGCUUCGUCAAGUGCAGGAAGUGCACGGAGGUCGUCGACCAGCACGUCUGCAAGUAGCUGGGGCCAAGCUCCAGGCCCCCUCUCCACUCUGCCUCACAGAAGAUUAUAUUAUAUAAAUCUAUAUAAAUAUAUUUUAUAUUUGUAUAAAUGAAUGGAUGGGUGAUAAUUAAAAGAAGAAAAUGGAAAGGAAAAGCCUAUUUAAGAGACGUUAAAGAUCUUUGAGAAUUGAACUUUGCUGGUUCUCAACUCUCAGUGGGUGGGACAAAGGUCGUUCCCUUUCUCCAGUGGCGACUCAGGAUGUAGGGACUUGGGAAUGUUUGCUGUCUAUCCAUUAUCCCUUGAGGAGAGAGGUGGUGGUUAGGUGGAGAAGAUGAUUCUGUCUGGAAGUCUGGAGCCUUUGCUAGGUAGAUGACUGGACUUGACCUCAGCCUUUGGGCCCAGAGGCCCUAUGGAAGGCAGCAGGAACUCAGCUUAAGCCUUGAAAUCUCCAGGGUCUCGCCCAGAACAUUGACGGGUUCUGUGAAAGGGCCAGUGCUUUCCUGCCUUUUUAUUUGUGUGCAUACUUGCAGACGUGAGGAGCGGCCCAGUGCUGUCUCUGACCCGUGACUCUAAAAGGACCCACACCUCCCUGGCCUGUCUUUCCAGGGAGAAUUACUGUCCCUCCACAGUUCACUGGCUCCUGCCACAAGUUUCCUGCACCAGGAGGAAAGGGGGCCUUGGGCCUGACACAUUAGGAAAGACAUGAACUGAGUAUUUGUGCCUGAGCUGCAGAAAGCUGGGCGCGUGACUAGACUGAACGAAUGUUGCACUGUGCUUCCCACCCAAGGAGGGGAACCUCGUGAUGCUGCUGCUGUCACUUCCUCCAUCAGUGGAGGCCUCAUGCAUGACAGGAUACAUAGCUAGGUCAGGCUCAGCCGGCUUGGCAUGGUCUCUUCAUCUCUGCCCCAGAUGUACAGUUUCUCUCUGACAUUAAAUACCCUCCAUUGAAGUUUCACUCCCUUUCCUUAUUUGGACACACAGUUACCUUUUAUGAGUCUCCUCUUAUUUUGACCUAAUCCUUAGAGCCCCGUACAUGGUAUAUAUAUGGAAGAGGGUAAGGAAAGCGAGACGUUUCAGAGCUCUAGUUUGGUAAUCAGAGGCAGGAACAGGAGGAUGUUAAGAGAAUUGAAUAGGGUAAUGCAUUUAAGUGCUGUCCCCAAGGGCUAACACAAAGUUAAAUACUCAAUAAAUGGCCCUGGCCAAGUAGCUCAGUUGGAUGGAGUGUUGUCCCAUCCACCAAAAGGUUGUGGGUUUGAUUCCUGGUCAGGGCACAUACCUGGGUUGGGGACUCAAUUCUUGGUUGGGGCAUGUAUCAGAGGCUGAGGUUUCUCUGUCACAGGGAUGAUUUUGUCUCUCUCUCCCUCCCUUCUUUUCUCUCUAAAAU